AUGACAACACCACCCCCAGCCCCCGAAUCAACCAUCCUCUUCCGCCCCUCCAAAAAGCGCAAGAUAUACCGCCAACGCGCCACCUCCCACUCACCCACGCCACCUCCCCAAUCAUCAGUCCCCGUCCUUGUCCCGCAAAGCCUAGACGACCUAAUCGCAUCAACCAGCCACUCAGAGCAACGCGCAGAAAUCGAAGGCACACCCGUCCCCAUUUCCGAAAUCCUGCGGCUGAGGAAGCUCCGCAAGGGGGGCGUGGAGUUCCGCGCCGAUAGUGCGAGCGCUAUCCACGGGACGAGGGAAGAAGAGAGCGCUGUUGUGCUGAGAGAAGAACCGGAGGCUCUGGAUGGCGUGGCUAGGAAGUUCGCGCCGCAGACGGGCGCGGUGGGGGACGUGAAUAAGCAUAUGUGA